UCUCCCUCUCCAGUUCCUCCCUCUCCCUCUCCAGUUCCUCCCUCUCCCUCUCCAGUUCCUCCCUCUCCAGUUCCUCCCAGUCUCCCUCUCAUUCCUCCCUCUCCAGUUCCUCCCUCUCCAGUUCCUCCCUCUCCAGUUCCUCCCUCUCCCUCUCCAGUUCCUCCCUCUCCAGUUCCUCCCUCUCCCUCUCUCCAGUUCCUCCCUCUCCCUCUCCAGUUCCUCCCUCCCCUCCAGUUCCUCCCUCUCCACUUCCUCCCUCUCCCCUCUCCAGUUCCUCCCUCUCCAGUUCCUCCCUCUCCAGUUCCUCCCUCUCCAGUUCCUCCCUCUCCUCUCUCCAUUCCUCCCUCUCCAGUUCCUCCCUCUCCAGUUCCUCCCUCUCCUCUCCCAGUUCCUCCCUCUCCAGUUCCUCCCUCUCCAGUUCCUCCUCUCCCCUCUCCAGUUCCUCCCUCUCCAGUUCCUCCCUCUCCAGUUCCUCCC